AUGCUGGUGGAAAAGAUUGCACCAGAUUUACUGGCUGAGACUGACAACUUUGGGAAUACAGCGCUUCACUUAGCAGCAAAUGUUGGACAUGUUGAAGAUGCCAGAAUACUUGUGGGAAAAGAUCCCGAAUUGCUGAAUCGUGAAAACAAAGAUCGACUUUUGCCAAUUCAAUUAGCUGCGAGGCGAGAACCAGCAAAUGCUCGCAGCAUGACUUCUUACUUGUUUAAAGCCGGCAAGGUAGAUGACAAUCAUUCCAAGCUACUCAAAGGAGCAGCUGGUGCUGGUGUUGAUUUGGCUCUUGAAUUACUUGAAUUCAACGAGAAAUUGGCAUGGGAAAAAGGGGAUAUCAGUCCUUUGGAGCAGAUGGCCAGUGAUCCGGAAGAAGAGAAUAACAGUCCUUUGGAGCAGAUGGCCAAUGAUCCGGGUGGUUUCAAAAGUGGAAUUCGCUUGAGCAGUUGGCAGUCCUUAAUCUACUUGUAUUCAUAUGUUCCCACAAAGCGGAAUGGGAUGACAGAGUAUUCACCAUCUGAAGUGUACAAGACGGUCCGGAAUCUGCUUGCCAAAGUUCUAGUUCAAAAUAUGGACAUUCCUGCACUAAAAUUGAAGCAUCAUCAUGCACUUCGACUAGUCCAGUCCUUAUGCUCAACUAUUAAAACAAUGGGUGAACCCCAAACGAAACUUGGAAAGCCAUUACUUUUAGGGGCACAGAAUGGAAUAGAAGAGAUCGUCCAUGAAAUUCUAGAGUCUCUUCCUACCGCAAUAACUUAUACAAAUGACAAGAAUCGUUCAAUAUUUCAUGUUGCUGUAAUGUACCGUCGUGAAAACAUUUUGAAGAUGGCGCAUGAGAAGAAUAAGCAACGGAAAGGGACGAAGAGACUCUAG